GUGAGGGACAAACAAAAGGAGGCGCCGGAGGGGCGCAGCGGCCGGCGGCGAGACGGAGCGGCGGGGGCGCGGGGCUGCCUGCUGGGCGGCCGGACACGGCGGGACCAGGGAGGCAGGUUCCAUGGAGCGAGAGGAAUGCCAAGACCCUGCCCAGACAGACGUCGGCCAGCCUCAGCACCGACAGGCAACACGCAGAUAGCAGAGCCGUCCACGGGGUUGAACCAUGAUUCCAGUGACAGAGCUCCGCUACUUUGCAGACACGCAGCCAGCGUACCGGAUCCUGAAGCCAUGGUGGGACGUGUUCACGGACUAUAUCUCCAUUGUGAUGCUGAUGAUCGCAGUCUUUGGGGGCACGCUGCAGGUCACCCAGGACAAGAUGAUCUGCCUGCCUUGUAAGUGGGUCACCAAGGAUUCCUGCAAUGACUCAUUCCGAGGCUGGGCAGGCCCAGAGCCCACCUACCCAAACUCCACGGUCCCACCGCCCCCUGGCACAGGCCCCACAGGCAUCAAGUACGAUCUCGACCGGCACCAAUACAACUACGUGGAUGCUGUGUGCUACGAGAACCGCCUGCACUGGUUUGCCAAGUACUUCCCCUAUCUGGUGCUCCUGCACACGCUCAUCUUCCUGGCCUGUAGCAACUUCUGGUUCAAGUUUCCGCGCACCAGCUCGAAGCUAGAGCACUUUGUGUCUAUCCUGCUCAAGUGCUUUGACUCACCAUGGACUACGCGGGCCCUGUCAGAGACGGUGGUGGAAGAGAGCGACCCCAAGCCGGCCUUCAGCAAGAUGAAUGGCUCCAUGGACAAGAAGUCGUCGACGGUCAGUGAAGACGUGGAGGCCACUGUGCCCAUGCUGCAGCGGACCAAGUCACGGAUCGAGCAGGGCAUUGUGGACCGCUCAGAGACAGGUGUGCUGGACAAGAAAGAGGGGGAGCAGGCCAAGGCACUGUUUGAGAAGGUCAAGAAGUUCCGGACCCACGUGGAGGAGGGGGACAUCGUGUACCGCCUCUAUAUGCGGCAGACCAUCAUCAAGGUGAUUAAGUUCAUGCUCAUCAUCUGCUACACUGUCUACUACGUGCACAACAUCAAGUUCGACGUGGACUGUACAGUCGACAUCGAGAGCCUGACGGGCUAUCGCACCUACCGCUGUGCCCACCCCCUGGCCACGCUCUUCAAGAUCCUGGCAUCCUUCUACAUUAGCUUGGUCAUCUUCUAUGGGCUCAUCUGCAUGUACACACUGUGGUGGAUGUUGCGACGGUCCCUCAAGAAGUACUCAUUUGAGUCGAUCCGUGAGGAGAGCAGUUAUAGUGACAUCCCCGACGUCAAGAAUGACUUUGCCUUUAUGCUCCACCUGAUCGACCAGUACGACCCACUCUACUCAAAGCGCUUUGCUGUCUUCCUCUCGGAAGUGAGUGAGAACAAGCUGCGGCAGCUGAACCUCAAUAAUGAGUGGACACUGGACAAGCUGCGCCAGCGGCUCACAAAGAACGCACAGGACAAGUUGGAGCUGCACCUGUUCAUGCUCAGCGGCAUCCCUGACACCGUGUUCGAUCUGGUGGAGCUAGAGGUGCUGAAGCUGGAGCUGAUCCCAGACGUGACCAUUCCGCCCAGCAUUGCGCAGCUCACAGGCCUCAAGGAGCUGUGGCUGUACCACACGGCAGCCAAGAUUGAGGCACCUGCCCUGGCCUUCCUGCGCGAGAACCUGCGGGCCCUGCACAUCAAGUUCACGGACAUCAAGGAGAUCCCGCUGUGGAUCUACAGCCUGAAGACGCUAGAGGAGCUGCACUUGACAGGCAACCUGAGUGCUGACAACAACCGCUACAUCGUCAUUGACGGGCUGCGUGAGCUCAAGCGCCUCAAGGUGCUGCGGCUCAAGAGCAAUCUGAGUAAGCUGCCACAAGUGGUCACCGACGUGGGCGUGCACCUGCAGAAACUGUCCAUCAACAAUGAGGGCACCAAGCUCAUCGUCCUCAAUAGCCUCAAGAAGAUGGUGAACCUGACGGAGCUGGAGCUGAUCCGCUGCGACCUGGAGCGGAUCCCGCACUCCAUCUUUAGCCUCCAUAACCUGCAGGAGAUUGACCUCAAGGACAACAACCUCAAGACCAUCGAGGAGAUCAUCAGCUUCCAGCACCUGCACCGCCUCACCUGCCUUAAGCUGUGGUACAACCACAUCGCCUACAUCCCCAUCCAGAUUGGCAAUCUCACCAACCUUGAGCGCCUCUACCUAAACCGCAACAAGAUCGAGAAGAUCCCCACCCAGCUCUUCUACUGCCGCAAGCUGCGCUACCUGGACCUCAGCCACAACAAUUUGACCUUCCUCCCUGCCGACAUCGGCCUCUUGCAGAACCUCCAGAACCUGGCUGUCACGGCCAACCGGAUUGAGGCGCUGCCCCCGGAACUCUUCCAGUGCCGGAAGCUGCGGGCCCUGCACCUGGGCAACAACGUGCUGCAGUCCCUGCCCUCGAGGGUGGGUGAGCUGACCAACCUAACCCAGAUUGAGCUGCGGGGCAACCGGCUGGAGUGCCUGCCCGUGGAGCUGGGCGAGUGCCCGCUGCUCAAGCGCAGCGGCCUGGUGGUGGAGGAGGAUCUGUUCAAUACGUUGCCACCUGAGGUGAAGGAACGGCUGUGGAGGGCCGACAAGGAGCAGGCCUGAGUGCUGGCGGACAGCUGAGCAUGGGCCCGCUGCGGAGUCCUCAGGCCCAGGGACCCAGAUGCCCAGGGGUGGCCAGCCGGGCCUCAGCCAAGACAGGAGCCUGGGGCCGGCUGUCAGCUGGGCUGCAGCCUCAGGACAGUACCUGAGGGGCUGGCCCCUUUUGUCCUUCUGAGACUCAUGCCCCCCAGGGUGGGUGCCUGUUGGGGAGAUUAGAGACCUGUGUCUUUGAGCGCAGUAUUUGGACAAUCAGGGCCUCCCCACUGGAGGCCAUCUCUGCCCAAGAGACUGAGCUGACGCCAGAGGCCCAGGGAUGCCUACUUAGCUCUUGGUAUUUAUUUUCUUCCACUUCCCAUCCCCUCCUUCCAGAUAACUUAUACAUUCCCAGGAAAGCUCAGCUCAGAUCGGGAAUGUUUAAGGAAGGGUGGGCAGUUUCCCUUUUCUUUUGGUGAUGCCAUCGGCAGUACCACCCAGACUUGAGCAGAGGGGUCCAGGGAGAACCAGCUGCGACAGUUGCCCCAGCGGUGCCAGGCUGGGCUCUGGCGGUGUGGCCCAUGGGACGGCAGACCGCCAGGUGGGAAGGCCAGGCCUGGGGCUUGUCUCAUCAGUUUUAGAUUUUUUUUUUUUAAGUAACAAAACAAAACAAAAAAACAAAACAACAAAAAAAAACAACUUUUUUUUUUUUUAAAGCUUUGAAAAUUGAUGGUUUGGGUAUUAAAAAGAAAAAAACUAAAAAAAAAAAAAAGAAACUAAAAAAAAAAAAAAAAAAAAGACGGCAAAGGCCAGUGAGUUGAGUUGAGGUCUCAGGGCAGGACGGCAGCUUUCCUUGAGCAGAGCAGCAAGACACUGAACUGUAUUUCCUUACCCCCGGGGUGCAGGUUGCAGGAUGUCUUCCGAGUCUGGUGUGACCUUGGUCCAGGAGUUCUGUUUGUUCCUCUCCUCUCCUCUCCGAGGGUGGAUUUUUUAUUAUUAUUAUUAUUUGUUUUGUUUUUGGUGUCUUGUUUUCUUUUUCCUCCAUGUGUCUUGGCAGGCACUCAUUUCUGUGGCUGUUGGCCAAAGGGAAUGUUCGGGAGCUGCCAAGAAAGGAGGAGACUCGGGUUGGCUAAUCCCCGGAUGAACGGUGCUCCAUCCUCCCCAUUCCUCGUCACAGUGUUAAGGAGCCAGGAGGAGCUACCUCGCCCGGCCUCUGCUUUCCCAUCUCAUGUGUCAUGAGUUUGCCCAGUGCCACCACUAGCCUCAGCUGCUGACAUCAGCCCUGUUACCACAUGGUCCUUCAGAAGAGACACUUGGAGGCGGGGUCUUGGGUGGGGAGGUUGCCGCUGGGAGGGCAGACUCCCCAGAUUUUGGUUCCAGUUUCUGUCCCAGGCGCCUGGCACACACAUAGCCUUCUUGGCACCUGGUGGCUAGAAGCCACCUCACUUUAGAUCACUCACCAGGGGUCCCCCGCGUUAGAAGGGUCCCUACCUUAGAUCAAUCACUUGGACACUAAGGCACGUUUUAGCGUCUCUUGUCUUAAAGAUUAUGUCCAUUUGUCUGUCCAUUUGUGUUUUCUGCGUCAUGUCCGCGGAUGUAAUCCUCAGAUAAUGCACACUAGCCUUUGAUGACCAUGAAGCAAUCCGUUACAUGAGGGUCUGAACUUGUAGACUCUGUUCAAAUAUCAAAUAAAUCUAUAACAGAAAGUAGCUUUUGGAGGUCUCGGUGUCGUGGGGGGAGCCUUCCCUCAGCUCCCUGAGUCCUGCUGGGCCCUGUGGAUUAGUUUGUUGAAUGGCCACUGAUGGGCACCUAGAAGGUGGUUAACUGCCCCUCUCCCUGCCCUGGGAGAUCGCAAGCUCCUGAUGACAGACAGUGACUGGGCAUGGGCUGGAGAGAGCACCUGUUACAUGCCAGCUGUGGCCUGGGCAGGGAAUCCCACAGCUAGCCAUCACCGGUGG